AUGGAAACUGAAUGUAUCCCUAUUGCUGAUAGCUCUGAUCAACUUCUCCCGCACGGCAUCAACCGGAGUCGAGGGCCGCAGCCUCGCCGGCAGGGAUGCAGGGGGCAGGAAGGCUCCUUGUCGGCGCCGGAGGGUGACGGCGGCCGAAUGGUGAGGGACAACCCGACAGUUGCCGCCCUCUCAGCGCUCCUUGCCCGCUCCGCUUCUCUGUCCGCGGCUGCGGCGCUCCACGCCCGCCUGCUCCGCACCUCGCGCCUCUUCAGCCACCCCUUCCUCGCCAACUGCCUCGCUGCCGCUUACUCCCGCCUCGGCGCCACCCCUGCCGCCAUUGCCCUGCUGACCCACGCGGCCGGCGUCGCAGCCAACCGCUUCUCGCACAACAUCCUCCUCGCCGCGCUGCUCAAGUCCCGUGACCUCCCUGCGGCGCGGAGGCUGUUCGACGAAAUGCCUCUCAGGGACACCGUGGCCUACAAUUCCAUGAUCUCUGGCUACGCUCAAAGCGGGCGCGCAGACGAGGCGCUCCGGCUUGCGCGCAGGAUGAGGGAGCUAGGCGUCAGGCCUAGCGCCUUCACCUUCUCCAUUGUCUCGUCCGCGGUCUGCUCUGCUCCCCACGGGAUGCAGGUUCAUGCAGCUACCGUCCGUCACGGCUAUGCCCAACACAAUGUCGUCGUAGGCAACACGCUUGUUGACAUGUAUCGGCGUGUCGGCCUCUUGGAAUAUGCCAUGCGUGUCUUUUGGAGUAUGAAUGAACUGGACAUGGUUUCGCUGAAUUCUGUCAUGUCAGUGUACAAGGAUGAUGGCCAGAGCAGUGCGGUGUUUGAGUGUUUCCGGUUGACUAGAAGCCAUGGGUUUUCGGUUGACGAAUGCAGUGUGUCAACGGUGCUUGCCGCGUGCACAGAUAUCGAGGAUUUGGCUAAGGGUGACCAGCUCUUGGCCCUUUGCGUCAAAACAGGGCUCCUGUCAAAUUCUAUCAUCUGUAGUGCUGUGAUCGGCCUAUUGUCCAUGUCUGACAGACUACCUGAUGCCGUCAGGCUUUUCGAGGGACUAAAAUGGGACUCAGAAACAUGUAACGCAAUGAUAUCGUGCUAUGCCAGGAGUGGUUUAAUGGAGCAAGCUCUGGGCCUCUUCGUGGUGGCUCUGCGAAAUGCUGUUCUUCCAACUGAGUUCACUUUUGCAAGUGUGCUGAGAUGGAGUUCGUGUUUUGGUCUGAUGGAGCAGGGCAGCCAAAUCCAUGCGCUGGUAUAUAAAUGUGGGUUUGAGGAUGAUAUGAUUGUUGCCACUGCUCUCAUUGACAUGUAUUGUAAGUUAGGUUCCUUGAAGCAUGCCAGGAAACUUUUCGAUAGUGUUUGUGUCAAGGAUUUGGUGUUAUGGAAUACCAUGAUCAUUGGUCUAUCGCAGAACGGGGGAGGUAGGGAAGCUCUUGGAGUGUUUUGGUGGAUGCUGGACUGUGGUGUCAAGCCAGACAGAAUUACUCUUUUCGGAGCUUUAUCUGCUUGUAGCUUGGGAGGUCUGGUUAAUGAAGCAAUGGAUAUAAUUUCCCUGUUUAAAGCCAAGUACCAUGUCGUCCCUGGCCUGGAGCACUAUGCAUGUGUGGCUGACAUGUUAAGCCGUGCAGGAUUGUUUAGAGAGGCAGAAGAUUUAGUCCAGCACAAGUUGCAGAAAUGCAGUACUGCUGCCCUCCUCAAUAUUCUUCAGGCUUGCAUGAUUCAAGGGGAUUUCGCCAUGGCAGAGUCAAUCGCAGAGAAUAUGUUGAAACUGAAGCCUCGAUCGUCACUGCCAUACACUGUUCUGGCUCGAACAUAUGGUGCAAGAUGUAAAUGGGAAAGCAUGGCCAGGAUGUGGAGGUCAAUGGAAGCUUUAGGUGCAAAGAAGGUUGGGGAAUGUAGCUGGCUCUGCAUCAAGAAUGAAAUCCAUGUGUUUACAUCUGAACAAAUAUUGCAUCAAGGAAGUGAAGCUACGUAUGCAGUUUUAGAUCUAUUGUUCUGGGACAUGAUGGAUGAGAUCUCCAUGAUGGAUUGCAUUCAUGCUCCUGGUUGUGUUGAUAUAAUUCAUACACAAGAUCCCAAGAAGAGUAAGGGAUUUGAUUGCCUUCAGCAGUUCUUGGAUUGCACUCUGUGA